AUGUCUCAAGCUACUUCAGCACGAAGUGACGAAAAGACUCUGGUCCCAGUGGCGGGCGGACCCCUUGAUGGCUGGACUAUCACCAAUCCCCAUGGCUACAUUAUUGCUGGCUGGUCUUGCUCCCGGGCACUCAAGAACUUUGAGAUAAGAUAUAGGAUGCCCGAUAAUAAGAAUCGACGGACCGAGGCUGAUGAUUCCAACCACCGUUGCCGAACCAUCAAUCCAAUCUCGGCCGACAAUUGCCAGCGCUGCGGCGCUCGAUUCGACGUAGGCGUAGAGGCCCUAGAUAAGGAUGGGAAGGGAGUACCUGGUCAGUAG